CCCCUUGAGAAAAACUACAAUCAGAAAUCCACCUCUGAUUGAUGUUUGUGUGUGUGUGUGUGUGUGUGUGCAUGUAUGUGACUGGAAUCCCCUGCUGCUGCAGGGAAAGAGAGAUAUAAGGAGGCGACCAGCAACAAUCUGUUCGAAAGAGAGGAAAAGGAAGAAGAUCCAGAACUACUAUUCUACUGGCAUUUUUUAAAUUUAAAAGUCCCCUUCUGAGCUUCUGGACACAAGAUUGGGGGAGAGACAGGGAAGGGACAUUGUAAACCAAAACAGUCCAUUAUUUUGUUUUUCCUUCCCCCUCCCCUCAGGAUUAUAAACCUGACUGAUGGGAAUUUGCUCUGGGGAUUAUUAAUUUGUCCGUGCGUCAGUUGUUGUGAGGAGAAGUGUUGAGAAGAAGCUUUUCUCUCUCUCUCUCUCUCUCUGAGAAAGCUGUCGGUUGCCAUGGUGUCUCCGGGCCUGGCGGAGGGCCUGCUCCUCCUCCGCCGCCGCGGCCUUUCCCUCUCCCCCCGCUGCUAAAGCCAUGGCCCGGGGAAACGCCUCCUUCUCCUUCUCCUCCUCCUCCUCUUCUUCUUCCUUCACCGCCACCUCCAGCCGCCGGCACUCCGCGGCCCUGCUGAAGAUGGAUCCCGUCAUCAUCCCCAUCGACGCCGAGACCAUCUGCGACAGCAACGACCAGCGCAUGUGGUGGGCCUUCCUCGCCUCGUCCAUGGUCACCUUCUUCGGCGGCCUCUUCAUCAUCCUCCUGUGGAGGACCGUCCAUUACCUGUGGGCUGUCUGCUGCCACUGCGGCCUCAAGAAUAAGGAUGCGCAAAAAAUCGGCAUCAGCGCAGGUAACCAGUCAGAUGAUACUCUCCAAGACCUGGAUGAGAAGGAAGAAAUUCCACAAGGGGAAGUGGGCUGGAUGACUUCUGUAAAAGACUGGGCAGGUGUCAUGAUAUCUGCCCAAACUCUCACCGGCCGAGUUCUUGUGGUCUUGGUUUUUGCUCUCAGCAUUGGUGCUCUUGUAAUAUACUUCAUAGAUUCUUCAGACCCAAUAGAAUCCUGUCAGAAUUUCUAUGAAGAUUUCACGUUGCAGAUUGACAUGGCAUUCAAUGUAUUCUUCCUACUCUACUUUGGACUGCGGUUUAUUGCAGCAAAUGAUAAAUUAUGGUUCUGGUUGGAAGUGAAUUCUGUGGUAGAUUUCUUCACCGUCCCACCUGUCUUUGUGUCUGUUUAUUUGAGCAGAAGCUGGCUGGGCUUGCGAUUUUUAAGAGCCCUCAGGUUGAUACAGUUCUCAGAAAUUUUACAAUUUCUGAAUAUUCUAAAAACAAGCAAUUCCAUCAAGUUGGUGAAUCUAUUAUCCAUAUUUAUAAGCACAUGGCUAACGGGAGCUGGCUUCAUACAUUUGGUGGAAAACUCAGGGGAUCCUUGGGAAAACUUCCAAAAUUCCCAACCACUGACAUAUUGGGAAUGCGUCUACUUACUUAUGGUCACAAUGUCCACAGUUGGUUAUGGAGACGUUUAUGCAAGGACAACUCUUGGUCGUCUUUUUAUGGUCUUCUUCAUCCUUGGUGGCUUGGCCAUGUUUGCGAGCUACGUCCCUGAAAUCAUAGAAUUAAUAGGAAACCGCAAGAAAUAUGGUGGUACCUAUAGUGCGGUUAAUGGAAGAAAGCACAUAGUUGUGUGUGGACACAUCACACUGGAGAGUGUUUCCAAUUUUUUAAAGGACUUCUUGCACAAGGACAGGGAUGAUGUGAACGUUGAAAUAGUCUUUCUACACAAUAUUUCCCCUAACCUUGAGCUUGAAGCCCUUUUUAAAAGACAUUUUACUCAGGUGGAAUUCUUCCAAGGUUCUGUCCUGAACCCUCACGAUCUAGCCAGAGUCAAGAUAGAGUCAUCAGAUGCAUGUCUAAUUCUGGCAAACAAAUACUGCCCCGAUCCUGAUGCUGAAGAUGCCUCGAAUAUUAUGAGGGUAAUAUCUAUCAAAAAUUACAAUCCAAAGAUAAGAAUUAUAACACAGAUGUUACAGUAUCAUAACAAGGCCCAUCUGCUGAACAUACCCAGCUGGAAUUGGCGAGAAGGGGAUGAUGCAAUCUGCCUAGCUGAACUGAAGCUGGGUUUUAUAGCUCAAAGCUGCCUGGCUCCAGGCCUGUCUACAAUGCUGGCCAACCUCUUCUCCAUGAGGUCGUUCAUCAAGAUUGAGGAGGACACCUGGCAGAAAUACUAUCUCGAAGGGGUAGCAAAUGAGAUGUACACAGAAUAUUUGUCCAGUGCCUUCAUAGGCUUGUCAUUUCCUGCAGUCUGUGAGCUGUGUUUUGUGAAGCUUAAGCUGCUAUUGUUAGCCAUAGAAUACAAAUCGGACACAAGGGAAAGCAGCAGCAGGUAACAGAAAUUUGGUGUUUUCUGUUUUCACUGAGUAGCAUACUAAUCAAUCCUGGGAACCACAUCAAGAUCCAUGAAGGCACAUUGG